AUAACUUCACUUUUUUCCAUUUUCUUUUUCCUUUAUUUUCUGUAUCAAGAAUUUCGUUGAUUUCAAUGACGGCCCUACUCAAAUAGAUGUUGAGGCUACUGUUCAGUCCGGGGUAAAAGCAGUUGAGCUUAUGGUAAUGUUGCUUUUGUGUUGUUUUUUGGUUGUGUAAAGGUUGUUAUUUUUUAACCAUGAUCUAAUUCCUUUUUAAUACCAUAUAUAAACAGAUGUCUUCAGAUGGAAUUGGUGGUGAUCCUUGUAAACAGAUUUCAGUUUCUGAAAAUGUUGAGGUUACGGAUCGUCGUCUUGUUUGUUUUGAGAUGGGUGCAACAGGUCUCAAUGUUGAUUCUAACAUUGAACUUGAAGAUGACCCAAUUGCCGUUGAAGAAACUCCUCUUGUUGACAAGAGGAAAUCUAAGAAACCCAUAGCGCUGACGUCUCCGUUUAUCGAGUAUGACUCUUCCAUUUCUAGUUCUAAAGAUGGUUCUGGUUAUGGAGUUGUUAAGUAUGUGGCUGGGUUGUGUCCUCUCGAUGAUAAGAUUGGUGAAGAUGUAGAACAUAAAGACGAGAUUGAUUUUGACUUGUGGCUUGGUGAAGGACGCCGAUCGAAGAAAGAUCCGUAAGUGUUUAUUUUCAGCAUUUUUGUUGUGUUUUUGUAUUUUUUGUUUUUUACUUUACUAUUUAUGUUUCAUUUUUUUUUUAAAUGUUAGGCAUGAUAAGGAGAAGGUUUACUUGAAGGGUAAGGAUAAGAUUGUUCCCCCUUUUCGUUUUGGCGUGGAAGAUGUUGCAACCAAGAUGUGGUUCCACAAGCUUGCAUAUCCUGGCCAAUGUUUGACUAAUUCUGUAAGUUAAUGUAUUUUUUCUUUUGAUUUUUUUCAAAAAUUUCAGUCUAUAGUUUUCUUCAUGUUGUUUGUUGGUUGUUUUUUAGUUGUUGAAAUAUAAUUCAUUUUCUGAUUUUCGAACAUUUCUCAUUUUUUAUUGUUCAACAUCUGGACAUCAUUUUUUACUAUCUACGUAAAAAAGGAAAGUAUGCAAAGGAGCCAAAGGUUAAGUUCACAACCACCGAUUGCUUAUUCUUCAAAACCAUUCAUGCUUUGUAUGAAAAAUUUAUUGCAUAGAAAAAAAAUCUUUCUUUGAUAACUGCCCAGCAUGCCAUUACUGAUUAUAUAAGAGGUAGAAAAAUGUUAUGUGGUUCCCCUUGGCAUUUGUGCGAUCAUGUUUUCUUUAUCAUCCAUAUGGAGACGGAAUCACAUUGGAUUCUUGGUCGAUUGAAUAUUGAGGAAAGGCGUGUGUACAUGUACAACUCCUUGUCGACUGCUAUGAAAGAUAGUGCUGCUAUCAAAGCUUGUCAGCCAUUUGCGGUGUUGUUGUCCCACUUUUUUGCUUUGUUUGAUGAGUUCAAAAAGGAAAACAAACCGGUUUGUUUAGACCCUUUCGAAGUUGUUAAGGUUGAUGGUUUGCCUCAACAAACCUCGAAGUAAGUUGUUUUUAUUUUUUAUUUUCAAAUGUUUUUAAAAUUUGUAAUGUUAUUUUCCUUUUUUAAGUUUUUCUGCUGUUGUUUUUUGGUUGUUUUGCAGUGACUGUGGUUGUUUCGUUGCAUCGUUCGCCGAAUACUUUAUUGAUAUGAAACCGAUUCCUCCCAUAUUUGAUGUUGAGAAACACCGUGAUAGGCUUGCUGUGUUGUUCUAUAAGUAUGCUCGCAUGAAAGAAGUGGAAUUUAUUGAUAGUGAAGAUGAGGCUCCUCCAAAGGGUCCAAAGAAGAAUUUGUCUUAGUUAUCUAUUGGUUGUUGUUGGAAAUACUACUUUUUUUUUUAUGUAGCUUUUGUUUUUUCUAUUACCAGAUUAUGUUCAUAAUCAUAGACAAGUUGUUGUUUCUAUCAUGUUUUUUUCUUAAUUGGAGUUGGUUUUUAAUUUGUUCAUAUUUUUGGAUUUUUAAUCUUUAUAUUUACUCUUAGUCAUGACAGCAUACUAUUAACAACCUUAUUACAACCAUCUGACAAACAACUAAAUUGCAUUUGUAAUCACUUUAUGUAGUUUAUUUUUCCUUCUUAUUAAUUUCAACCUUCUUCCACUUAUUUAAUUAUUUAACUAUAAUAUUUGAUGUUCUUUUGUAUAUUAAUGAUAAUAAUACCAAUUCCCUAUUAUCAAUAUCUCUCCACAUAAAAAAUCACAAUAAAAAAAUGUAUGUAACAACCAAUCUUAAUAUGCAGUAUGUGUUUUCUAAAUGUUUUAAUAUAGUUAUUUUUUGGUUGAUGUGUAGUUGUUUCCACUUCUAUGCUGUAAUUCUUCUGCAGGUCUUUUUGUUAUGUCCCUUUUGUCCACACUUGCCACACUUGUUUUGUUUCUUUGUUUCCCAAGCUGCUGCCAUUCUUCUUUUCCUCGGCCUUCCAGACUUGAUUCUCUCCUUUGGAGGCAACACUAUGAUUUCUUCAAAAAAAUCUGGAAGUUCCCAUUCUCUUACGUUUCCAACU